UUAUAUUUUAAAACACUAUAGAUAAUUAACGCGGAAAAUUAAUUCAUUUGCCGGCUAAGUAUUUGGGUUAAAAACAUAAAAAAAUCAAAGGGGCUAAGAAAUUUUUGUUCUCCCCCUCAAUGGCUCAAUCCAUUGUUUCACUUAAGUUUAUUUUUCUUACUAUCUCUGUUUAUCUUCUCAAAACAACCUUUCAACUCUUGUUAACUCUUUCAUUACCAGUUCACCAGAUUUAGAAUCAAGUUUCUCCCCCCCUCCCCAACAAAAUCCCUAACCCAGAUUCAAACCCACAUGAGUCUUCUUCCUCUUAUCCACCGAGCAAAACCCUAGUUACGGCUUCUUCGUUAAAUACAGAUCUGUAUCAAAACCCUAGUUACGGCUUCUUCGUUAAAUACAGAUCUGUAUCAUGUUGUUGCCCUCAUUUUCACUCUCCAUUUCAAAAUCGAACCAUAGCCACCGUUGAUGCAAGCGAGAUAGAGAUUCAAUCAAGUGAUUUGAUGCACAUAAUUAAGAGAUUUGGUGCUGCGAUUCUACCAAGAACAAAGAGGAUGAUAAUCAAGAGAGUUCUUCAGUUCAGAGUAUUGAAAACUUUGACAUACGAAGAGGAAUAUGUUCUUGUGUAGACCCGCUCAUCUAUUUGGAAAAGAAGCCUCAUCACCUCACGGCUUCACCAUCGACUUGAUCCAGCGUCGCUCCAAUGCAUCUUCUUCUCGAGUCAGCUCUGAUAGUCAGCUCGGAUCACCUUACGCUAACACCGUCUUUGAUGAAACCGAGUAUCUAAUGAAACUACAGAUAGGUACCCCUCCUUUCGAGAUCGAAGCUGUCUUAGACACAGGAAGCGAACUCGUGUGGACACAAUGUUUGCCUUGCACUAACUGUUACGACCAAUACGCUCCCAUAUUCGACCCUUCGCAAUCCUCAACCUUCAAAGAGAAAAGAUGCAACACCCAUGACCACUCUUGCCCUUACGAUCUUGUCUACGCAGACGGAAGCUAUACCAAGGGAAACUUAGCAACCGAGACAGUCACGAUCCAUUCAACUUCAGGGGAACCCUUUGUGAUGCCUCAAACCACUAUUGGUUGUAGCCACAGUAGCUCAGGGAUUAAAAGACCGAGUUCUUCGGGAAUUGUUGGUCUAGACUGGGGACCUUUAUCGCUCGUCACGCAGAUGGGAGGGGAGUACCCAGGUUUCAUCUCUUACUGCUUCUCUGGUAAAGGAACUAGUAAGAUCAACUUUGGAGGGAAUGCUAUUAUAGCAGGAGAUGGUGUUGUAUCAACCACUAUGUUUAUGACCACAGCAAAACCCGGUUUCUAUUACCUAAACCUAGACGCGGUCAGCGUUGGGGACACCCGCAUUGAAACAUUGGGGACACCGUUUCAUGCCUUGGAAGGGAACAUGGUGAUAGACUCUGGAACCACUUACACGUAUUUGCCUGAGAGCUACUGUAACCUAGUAAAAGAGGCAGUGGAAAAAGUUGUGAAAGCGGAUCGAGUAGUUGACACGAGCGGCAAUGACUGGUUGUGCUACAAUUCGGACACCAUAGAGAUAUUUCCGGUGAUCACAAUGCAUUUUUCUGGCGGUGCGGAUCUUGUCUUGGAAAAGUACAAUAUGUAUGUGGAAUCGGAGGGAGGAGGACUGUUUUGUUUGGCUAUUUUAUGUGGUAGUGCGACACAAGAAGCUAUCUUUGGGAAUAGGGCACAGAAUAAUUUUUGGGUGAGUUAUGAUUCUUCUUCACUGCUGGUUUCUUUUAAGCCCACCGAUUGUUCUGCGUUGUGGAGUUGAAGAAACAAAGCAAGAGAGUGUCUCUUUACGAACUUUUUAUUAUUGUUUUUAACUUAUCGGCUUGUUAUUUAUAUUGUUCCUUUCAAUAAGCGCAAUGAACAUGGAUAUGUUUAAUUGAA